GUAUCACGUUGUUUAUCCCGACAAUUUGCUGAUCCGAUGUGACUUUGGCGUCGUACAUCCCUCGAUAAAACCGGAGUGUGCGUCGAGUUAGUUUCUCAGUUAAUCACACGUGUGUAGUUGACCACUCCUGCCCCUCCUGGGUCCAGUAGGAUCUACAUCUGCGAAGAAGCAACACGGCAUUAUCAACCUGACCUGACCAUCUAAGUACAAGAACAAGCUAAGUUUUUCUCGGAGUACAACGUCGUAAAGAAGCUAUGGAUUUCAGACUAGCAGCUCUCUUUUUUGUAGCGUUGAUCGUAGCGGCCGCAGCUUACCCCUCAGAAGACUCCAACGACAGGGAAAAACGUGACGUCGUGGAAUCCAUGACGAAGGCGUGGAACGAGGUGGUGAAGACCCUGAGUGACGCUGGAGACGCCGUGGUCCACGUCUUCAAGCCUACGGAGAAGAGCGUGCUUGAUAAAAUGGCUGACGGAGUCAAGGGCAUAGGACAGUAGCACGUACUUGUGGUAGAACGUCUGAGCCACUGUCCUAAAAAUUACGAAUUUAUGAAAUUUUCCAAAUCAGAAUUUAGAAUUUACCUUUCUCGGUUACCAUUUUACCAACCAAACAAAAAAAAAACACUUUUGAUUUAACUUCAUAGUUUUUUAUCUUUUAAGUUUGUUUAUCUUUUAACUAAGAAGUUCAAAAUGUUAUUUGUGUGGAUUGCUGAAGAAUUUCCAAGGUACAUAAUUUUUAAACUCUACUUAUAAGCUUUUGUCAAACGUAGAAAGAAAGACCAUUUUUCCCGAGUGUAUUAUUGUCUCAUGGAAAUAAUAUUACUAGGAUCUACACCAGCGGUUCCCAAACUUAUUUUGUCUACUGCCCACUUUGAGAAUAAAUUCUUAAAUUAUUACUCAUUAAAUUUUCAAGAGUCAAAUGCUCAGUCGGUGUCUAAGAGACCUCCUAAGUAGAUGAAAUUACAAAUGGCCUACCAAGCCUCUACACAAUGCCCCGAUUUUUUUCCGGGGUCUCUUACCGCCCCCCUUUAAGCCUGCAGCGCCCACAAGGGGGCGUUAUCGCCCACUUUGGGAAAGACUGAUCUACACAGUUGACUCUCUAAUAUCUUGUAAAAUAUCACCUAUCACAACUAAAUAAGGCAAUAGAGUUUAGCUUGAUUUGGUGUUUUCUCCACUUAACACGGCUGAGUUGCACCAUCUUACUUUAACUUUAACAAACGUUAAAAAUUUGUCAAACUCCAUAUAAAAAGCACCGGUUAUUGUUAUAGUUUACGUUUAAAGUAAGUUGGUGCAACUCAGCCUAAGAUUAUAAAGGAAAUUUAGCUCCAUUGCCAUUGCACAAGCAUACGACAAGUUCUGGGUUUCGUUGCAAUUAUGUAAACAUGACCAUAAAAUUAAAGUAUUAA